GUUAGUAUGUCCUCGAUUGAUUGUUUUGGUUUUGUAGCGCGAUUUGAAUUUGUGUGUGGUUGAAAUAUAUUUAAUAAUUUGGUACAAUUAUAUUAUAAUUAAUAAAUUUGAAAGUACUAAACUUAAAUGGGUGACUUUCUUCAGUCUGAACUAGAAAAGGCUCAGCAAUGCCUCUUAGAAACUUAUGAAUUGGCUGCAUCUUAUGGGGAUAAUGAGGAAAAGGAUACAAGCAAAUAUUUGCAGUUGAUGGAGGAAAUAUGCCAAAUUAGAGAAGUCGCAAUUCGUAACGAAGACGCUUUGAAAGUGGCCAUGGAAGAACGCAGCGUCGCAGCUUUUGAGUCGGCUUUUCGGGGGGCAGUAAAUCGAGCUGAGAAAAAAUUUCAAGCUAAAAAAACUCGAGAAUAUAAAAAAUUUGCUAAUCGUUUGGAGGAAGCAUCCAGAAGUGCCAGUAGUGAUACUAUACCAUCAAACAAAACUAAAGACGGCGCUUUAGUAGAAAUGGACAUGCAAGUGAACAUAUACGAUCCCAUAACAAAAAAACGAAUGGUAGAUCCUGUGAAAAAUACAAUCUGUGGACAUAUAUAUGAGAUGAAGAGUAUACAAGACGCAAUACAAAUUAAACCAAGACUUCGCUGCCCUGUUGCUGGCUGUGGAAAUAAUCAGUAUAUCAACAUGUCGCAUUUAAAACCGGACAAUGGACUAAAAUUACAUCUACAACGUAUAGCUGAGGGUGAAAACAACAACGAUAGCGACGACUGAUUCACUUUAAUUCACUUGUUAUUGCCAAAUAGAAUAAGAAAACAUCUUCAGAAAUUCGUUCGUGUUUGUUGUAUUUUUCCACAUAAAUAAAAUAAAAAUUACACUUCUAUACUUAAAGAAGACGGAGACGACAA